AUGUGGUUUGAAGCCCGCUUUGAAGCAGCCGGGCAGGAGCAGGUGUUUCGCUUCAUCGAUGGAAAGCUUUGCUCAGAAACAGAAGCCAAAUCUCUUGUAACGCAGCUUGCAGACCUGGACCUGGAGUAUGUGGCGAACAGCUUGAGGAGCGCUCAAGCAGAAGUGGCGGCCAUUGCUGAGGCCCAGGAUUUGGAGCCACCAGAUGACUUCAUGUGCCUGGCCCUCAGCACCAAAUGUUUCAUCCUUUUGGCAGGUGGCUGCCUGUGUUUUGGCCGGUGGACAGGCGACGCAGCUUGGCUUU